AUGAAGACUUCUUCUCUUCUGGGAUUUCUUAUUUGGUGCUUCCAUCUCAAACUCCUACAAGCAGCCGAAAUCUUCCAACAACAGCAGCAGUCGGCUCCACCCAAAAUGAAGGAGUGGAUGCCUUCAUCUUCAUCUUUUUUGGUUUCAGAUUUCACAUGGGUGCCUACCCUUAAUUCGGAUAAGGCUGAACCUGAGGGAUCAGAGGCAGCAAUGGCCUUCCUAUACUCUGGAGAUGCCCUGAGUCUCUCACAAGUCAACUGUACCCAGAGAUUUGAAAUGAGGGCUUUAGGGAAGGACUCUCGCCCUCUGCCAGCCUUAUAUUCCUAUCUACGCAGUGCUACUGACACCUUGACCCAUGCCACCAAUUUCCUCAAUAUGGUCUUUCAGACUAAUGACAUUCGUGAAUCCAGUGUGAAAGAGGAUGUAGAAUGGUACCAUGCCUUGGUGAGAAGUGUUAUAGAAGGGGAUUCUCAGGUUUACCGAGCCAUAUUGACUUUUGAUGCUCAUCCUUUGUCUUCCAAGCCCCAGAUGAUACUUCAAGCCACGAAGAGGAAUAAUGAGAUCUUACUUCAAGAUCUUUCUGCCUUUUCAGAGAACCUAAGGAAUUUGACUUGGGAAAAUGAGUGGUACAAUUUCUUCCGGUUCCAAAGGAUUCCACCACUUUAUAAGAGAAUUCUUAGCAAUGACCUGAAGACGCUAGAAACCCCCAAAUGGAGCCAAGGAGAUAGUUAUGUGAUGGAUCAGGCUUAUAUCAAAUGGUCAUCACCUUUCCUGGAAUGUGAAGAUGGAAAAUUCUUGCCCACCUGGAUGGUUACACUCUCCUCUUCAUUCUACGGCCUCAAGCCUGACCUCAAUCCAGAAUUCAAAGGGGUCAUGAGGCUGGAUGUUAAAAUUCAAAAUGUUGAUAUAAACCAGUGUGCCACUAACGAAGGAUGGUUUGCAAACACACAUCAGUGUGACCUCAACAGCACCCAGUGCAUCCCAGAUGAAAACCAUGGAUUUAUUCUUGGAAAAUAUAGUUGUCUUUGCAAGCCAGGUUUCUAUGGAGGACAGAGAACUGCCGCCUCCCAUCUUUCUUCAAUCAGUAAAGGCUGGUCUGGACAAAGUGCAUCCCAGUAUGGAGCAGUGGAUUCUGGGAAUUUGCUGCAAUGCUAUCCCUGUUGGGAAGGAUGCAUGGCCUGUAUUGAUGGCAAACCAUGUCUGAUCCAGGAAGACUGGUCUCUACGGGCUAUUGUUCUUGCUUUCCAGGCAUUCUGUAUGCUGACAGUUUUCUUCAACAUGUUAAUUUCUUACCAUUAUAGGAAGAGCAAGAGGAUUCGGGCUUCAGGAGUUAUUCUUCUGGAGACAAUACUGUUUGGCUCACUCCUGCUCUAUUUUCCUGUCUUUAUCUUGUACUUCAAGCCAAGUAUCUUCCGAUGCAUUGUCCUGCGAUGGGUGCGCAUGCUGGGUUUUGCCAUUGUUUAUGGAACAAUCACUCUUAAACUGUAUAGAAUAUUAAAGCUAUUUCUGUCUCACACGGCUCAGCGAGUCGCUUACAUGACCAGUGGGCGAGUGCUAAAGAAGCUGGCAUUGAUCCUGCUGUUGGUCCUUUGGUUUUUGGCUGCAUGGACAGUGGGGAUGCUGGAGAAUAUUGAGAAAAACAUACCGCUGGUAGUCCGUUCACAGACUCCCAGGGGUCUCCAGUUUUACACCUGUGAUCAAGAUCGAUGGGAUUACAUGAUGGCUGUGGCUGAAAUGCUAUUCUUGUUUUGGGGAAGUUUUCUCUGCUAUACUUCUCGAACAAUCCCUUCUGCUUUCCAUGAACCUCGCUACAUGUGCAUUGCUCUCCACAAUGAGCUGAUAACUUCCACCGCUUUUCAUGUUGUGAGGUUUUUAAUGGUUCCUUCCUUGCAUCCCGACUGGACACUACUACUAUUUUUCAUUCAUACUCAUGUCACUACUACAAUGACACUUGCACUUAUUUUCAUCCCAAAGUUCCUGUAUGCAGGCUCACCCUUGAGGGAAGAAAUUGCUGCUGAGAUGUAUGAGGAUGAGUUGGACCUUAGGCAUUCAGGAUCCUUCUUGAACAGCAGCAUCACUUCAGCGGAGCACAGCCUUGACCCCGAUGACAUUCGGGAUGAAUUGAAAAAGCUUUAUAUGCAGCUAGAAUUUCACAAGACCAAGAAGAUGACAGCCAACAACCCUCACCUUCAGAAGAAGAGAAGUUCAAAGAGGGCCUUAGGCCACACUCUGAUGAGACGUAUCACCGAGUUACCUGGAUCUAUGUCCCGCCAGUGCAGCAAGAAGGAAAAAGAUGGGUCUAUCAGUGGAAGAAUACAAAGUCAUUCUGGCUCUUAUAAGCAAAGAUUCUUGGACUCCAGAAAUUUGAGCAUGAAAUUGAAGGACUUAUCUCCCAAGCACAAAGUGGCCUUCCAAGAAAAAGAUGGGAUUUCACUGAAGAAAUCCCAUAGUACCUAUGAUCACCAGGGAGAUAUUAAGGCAAACAGUCUACUAACCAGACAUGACAGUUGCAAAGAAGCUCCUUUGUUGGACUCACUUAUGAGGAAAAAACUAGCCAUGAAAGCUUCAGAGAAAUCUGACAAUGACUCUGUUGAUUCAGCCACUCUGGUAUACAAAUCAGCCAGUGCUCAUAAUUUGUUAGCAGAUAAGAAAUCUCUGCAUCCCAAGUAUUACACUCUGCAGAAAUCUCGUAAUGUUGCCAGCAGUGAAAAUGAAAAUGCCUCACUGCUAACUGGCACAGCUAAUUUAGAAAAUACGCAUAAACCUGCCAAAGAGAAAGACACAAGUGCAGCAGUGGAAGAUACCAUGACAGAAAGUGAAGAAUCCAGACACACUGAAUUCAGUGAUAUAGUCUCAGAAAUAGAGGGGAAACAGCUGCAGACAGAGAAUACAGCAAAAGAAAUUGAGAAACAUUUCCCCAAAGGCAAAAACAUUAUGUGUCCAUGGGAAGUUGAGACAGAUCCAUCAAUACCAUUAGAAAGCAGAGAUAAUAAGAGGGAUGUAACAUCUGCUCCCAUCAGGAGCAUCAGCAUCAACAUUUCUGAUUUGCCUGAGAGAAGAGCCCACGCCAUUAAGAAGAUACCACCUGAACCACCCAUCAGGCAGCAAAGUUUGAUUCACAAUCUUCAUUGGGAUAAUUACAAUCAAAAGCAACAUCCUGCUCAGUCUCCUAAAAAAGAACCCCCAAAUAUUCCAGUGCUAGUCAAUAUACAUCUAAGAGAAACAGAAGAGAGUUCUCCAUUAAAACCUGAAAUGGAAAAGACUAUGCAACGAGAAGAUACGGUGCCAUCUUCUUCUCUAGUGGAACUAACCAGGCUAGCAUCCAUUGCUGCAGAAAUUUGCCCUUGGGAGGUUAUGGAAAUGCCCAUUCCAAGAAAGAAAGAUCUAGAAGUGAGUGAUUUGGAUAAUCAAAACAGUUCUCCUGAAAAACAAUUGCAAACCCUCAUUCCCAAAAGCUCCAUAAAGAGCUUAGGUAUGGCCAUUAAAGCAUUCAAUCGUUCAAAGAUAAAGAGAAGCAUAAGUUCCAAAAAGAACAGUGAGGACAGUGAAGCCAAAAACGAGAAAGACAUCAGUGGAAAGCCCAAGUUGGCAGAAACAGCCUUAAUCCCUGCUGAAGGAUCAUUAAGACAAGAAGUACCCUCUAGGAGUCCUGGAGAUAGCAGGGCAACGCCAAUCAGCAAACAAGCAACUAUCUGCCCUUGGGAUGAGGAAGAAGCAGCUUCUCCUAGCUCACAGAAAAAUAAUUUAAACAGAAACCUUGAGUUAUGCCCUUGGGAGAAGAAUCAAGAUGUUGAGGAUAGAGUGAGCAAUCUACCAGCAACAGCUUCCAAGGGUGCUAAGGAGAUCUCCCCUGUCAGAUUGGAAAAGACUAAGAACCAAUGGGGAUCUGUGUGUCCCAGAGACAGAUUAGAAGAUCAAAACAGAGAGAAUGAAACUCCUGAUCUCUUGUUGUUGGUUUCAGAAACAGACAAGGCUGAUAUUUGUCCCUGGGAAAUCAGGGAACCAAAUUUCAAAACAGAAGUAAGUCCCUGGGAAAAUAAGGAUCCCUCAACAUCAGAAAGAGAACUUAAAGGGAAUGUAACUGCAGUUUCCAGAGAUGAGAAAAAAGGAACUAGAGAAGAAGCAUUUGUGAAAGGGAGCAAUCAGAAGAGGGAAUCUACUUGUCCAUGGGAGAACAUAGUUAGUGAAGAUUCAUUGAUCAAGUCUACACCCAAGAUCAUUUGUCUUUCCAAAUUCACCUCACAGAGUUCAGAAAGCCUGGAAAACCGAAAGACAACAGCAGAAAUCUGCCCCUGGGAAAUAUUGAGUCCUUCCAAUCAGGAUAUAGAAAGAGCAACCGAAAAGACUGUAGCCAUUGGAUCUAAGCAUCCAGAAAAGGCACGUAGCUCACAAGAGACAAGUGAUCUUUGUGAAAAUCUGAAUACUGAUGAAUUGUCACCUGAGUCAAAUGUUAAAUGCCUAAGUUCCCCCAAAUCUGGCAGUGCAGAGAACCUAUUGGCAGAUGUAUGUCCUUGGGAAAGUGUGGAUAGUCAUAACAAUAUUUUACAGAAGGAAACAAGCCCUUUUAAAACAUUAGAAAAGGUAAGCAAUCUCCAGGAAGCUGUCUGCCCAUGGGACAGUGUUGAUCCCAGCAUACCUUCCAAAAUCCCUUCAAAGAACUUUGAUAGCACAGAGACCUUAAAGGCAGAACUCUGUCCUUGGGAAGUGACUAAAGAAAAUGCCUCCAAAGCAGAUGAGGGCUGCAAAAGUACUUCCCCAGUGAGUUUGUCCAAAGCAAUUGCAAAUCUGAGCAAUUUACAGGAAGAUGUCUGUCCAUGGGACAGCAAAGAGCUUCAGCAACUUUCGCCAAGAUCUGGUGACCAAAGUGACUUAAAGAAAUCUGAUAGUAUUAGUGACUUAAAGAAAUCUGAUAGUAUUACAAGUUUAAGGAUAGAUGUUUGUCCAUGGGAAACCUCAGAAGAGGUGAAAAUAUCUCCAUGGACUGAAGCCAUGCGCUCAUUAAAAACAAAAAAGAAGGAAGGCCAUGCACUUAAAAGUUCAAACUCCAAUAAAGCUUGGAAAAAAGUAGCAUUUAAAAAAAUAAAGAUGUCAAGAAGUAAUCAAGGAUCUAUUUUUCCCUCAGGAAUUAUGAUCAUUGAUGAACCAACUACAAAAAGCACCCAAAGCCCACAUCCAUUGCAAGUUAGUUCUAAAAAUACUGGAAGUGUUGAGAGUGUAAAGGCAGAGAUUUGUCCAUGGGAUUUCCAGGAGCUUCAGACAGAUGCUAAGUUUGUGGGACCACCAGAAGAAAGUUCUUUUAGAAAAGAAUCAGACCAGGUUUCCAAUGAUAAAGCAGAUACCAAACCUUUAAUAAGGCAGAUUAAGAGACAAGAGGAAGUAAGCAGCCCACAAGAAUCUAUUUGUCCUUGGGAGAGCAUGGCACAAAUAAGCAGCCAAAGGCCAACAUUGCUCAGAGAUAGUUCAACGAAAUCAGAAAAUAUUGAAAGAGCAGAGAUAUGUCCUUGGGAAGUUGAGGAUGUGGAAUUCAGUGGCAAGACUGAACUAUGCCUCAUGAAAACAGCACCUAAAUCUAGCAAUAAUAGAAUAUUAAGACAAGAUAUCAGCGAAGUUUCAAAAGACAAAAUGCUGGCAAGCCCAAGCUUAAAGAAAGUCUGGGUAGAUAUGUCAGCUAAAAUAUUCAAGUCACAUAGCCAGCAAGCUUUAAUUUCUUCCCAGAAAAAUACUGGCAUACUCUCAUUAACACCCAGCAGUAAAAGUUUAGACCUAUCCAUAAAACCUGACAAUGCUAAAAGCCUAAAAACAGAAUUUUGGGAAAUGCAGGAAGCUGGAGCUAUUAUGAAAGCUGAAGUAUGUCCCUGGGAAGUGACUGAAGCUCCACUGGAGAAGGGGACAUCAAGGAGGGCUUCCAAAGAUAAUGUGAAAACUGAUUCAAGAAGCUCUGUUAAAACACCAGAACCUCUGGAAAAAAGUAGCAAUUCUCUAGAGUCUGAUUUCCAAUUGAAGAGCAUAAAUGCUGCAGAUAUUAUGGAAACCAGCACUUCUUCAAAGACAUUUGAUGGUAUAGAAAAUAUCAUGACCUCCCUUCAAGAAGCCAAUCAGUCAUUCGAUAAGAAAGAGAUUUGUCCAUGCGAAGAAGAAGCAGAGGUAUCAGUAAACACUGGGGAAAUAACCCAGAGUGUGCAGCAGGGUUUGGCUGGGCACACGUCUUUGAGUCACAGUCUUCCAAAGGCACAGUCAGAAGAUACAAACAAAAUCCUUUCAUCAGAAAGCAGAGAAGACAUUUUCAUAGACAAUGCCUUCUCUUGGGAAGCAAACAAAGGUUCUACGCUGACCAGAACAGACUCUGCAAAAACCCAUGAAAAAGGCUCAGAAGCCUGCUUAGGACAGGCAGAAGAAGUCAGUUCCAUGCCUGCUGUGAUAGCCCAAAGCAAAACAGAGCAGAAACCAAAGGCUCAGGAAGCAGAAGAUCCUAGCAAAGUCAUGUCAAGUAUUUGUCCUUGA